CUCCGCUAGGUGUAAAUUGGUAGACGGGAAGCUGUAGGCAGGGAGUCCGAGUGGAGAUGUGUUCUUUCGUGAGAGUGGGGUCCUCUAAAGGGUUGGGACACCCCAAGGGAUUAGGAACUUCCCUUGAGGCAGGUACAGCUUUCCCCUUAGAGAUGAGUGCUGCUGGAGGAAUGAGGGUGUCUGAGAGGAAAUCUCCCCAGAGCAUGGCGGUUGGUCUCACCCAGGAAGGAAAGGAUGAUUUAGGAGAGAGGGGGCUCCUUAUGGAAACAAAAUCUCCCACGGAGUUAGGGUUCAGAGUAGGAUUAGGAAAAAAAGAUUCCUCUUGUAGGGAGAGCCUCCUGGGUAGUAAUAAACUUGAAGAGAGGAUAGCAUCACCAGAAACAAAAUCUCCAUUGAGCAAGGAGCUUGAAAUGAAAUUAAAAAGCGAGAAUCUUUAUAGGACCGUCCCGGAGAGGAGUAAUUUAGGAGUCUAUGGGGUCUCGGCCUCCCAGGAAACAAAAUCUUCUCUAGGUAUGUUGCCAGGAAGAAUGGGCUUAGAAAAUGAGUGUCUUUUGGCAGGGUGUUCUGGAAGGAUAAUACAGCCUCACUUGGGCAUGGUAUGUGAAAGUCCACAGGCUCUAGGGAGCAGGAGAGGUUCUGUGGCUGGUUCCUCUGAAGGGUUAGGGCAACCUACUUUGGAGAUAGAACCUAGACAGGAUCUGGGAAAAGAGACCUGUGUGGUGAUGAAGCCCAGGGCAGAGAUGAAGCCUCCUGUGGAGGUGGACACUGGUCUACCCAAACUAGAAGAGCCAGAUAACACAGGACCCCAAAUAGGCUUGGUGAUAGAACCUUCUGAGAGCCAGUUUGCCCAACAACUGGAGGAGAGAAAGGAGGCUGAAAACACUGAACCAGGAGUAGAACCUCCAGAUGGCAUCAGACCCAUAUACUCUGGGAAAUUUUUUGAUCGGAUGCCUUGCCGGCCAAGUGCUGGGAAAGUUAUUCCUGUUGGACACAGAGUUGCAACCUGUUUGACUGAAAAACUUCCCAGGCUAAUUACUCCACCUGAGGCAAAAAAAUUUUUCAACUAUAGAUACCCACCCGCUGGAGCUGAAAGAGUAUUUUAUGGCAGAGCAAAUGAUCCCCAAAUCGCUCCUUAUUUGACACAUGGAAUAAGAUCUAAAAUUUCGAUACCGGCAAAGGUAUUGAUCAACCCACAGCCUCUAACAACAUUUCAACAGAUAAUUAAAGAUAAAAAGGAAUCAGUAUAUUUUAGCAAUCAAUCGGCACCGCUGGGAAAAUCUCAUGAUCAAACGCCAGGAUUACCUAAAGGCCUGGAUGUACUCAAUACGACAUUUGGGACAACAGUCAUCAGAGAAUCAUCUGCUAGAGAUGUAGUGAAUCCACCAAAACCCUAUGAAGAAGUAUUUAAGGAAGGAAAGGAAGGACAUGAUCUGUAUAUUAUUUCUCACAAUGAUUAUCAUGUGGGAGAAGCAAAGAACCGAAAGUAUAACCCAUCAAGUUUCCAUAGGUUUAACUUGUAUGGGGUCCCAACACCACAUUUUAAUGAUGGAAGAGCCAUGGCAAAAACUUUAUAUUGGCUCCAUGAGCUACAAAUGAAAAGAGGAGCUAAGAUCGUAUCCAAGAGAGUUGAUGAUUUCAAAGAAAAGUUUCAACAUAAACUUGGAAAAGUUUUAGAUCCCAUUGCAGAAACAAUGAAUGUUCCCCCAGACCACACAUUUGGUGCUUGUCUCCGUGCUGAGGAGUAUGGAGCUGGUGAUCUCAUCCAUAACAGACUUCCAGGUGAAUAUCUUCGGGGCAAGGACAGACAGAGAGCCCUGAUUGCAGCAGUGCGACAUCACUUGAAGAAAGCUAACUACCAGAACUUUGACACUUUGCUGGCAGCUUUCAGGCACUAUGAUAAGAAUGGAGAUGGGGUGAUAGAUAAAGCCGAGCUUCGGGAGGCCUGUGAACAGGUCAGCUUGCACUUAGAUGAGAAACUCCUGGACCAGCUAUUUGACGACUGUGAUGUGGAUAAUGAUGGGCUGAUUAACUACCUAGAAUUUGCAAAUUUUCUUAACUGGAAAGAUAAAAUGCCUCUUAAAGAGUAUGAAGAGAGGGUCAUUAUGAAAGGCAGAAAACCAGAUUGUGCAAACCCUGCUGAGGCUAAUGUUGAAGGAUCUGAACCAACUCUCCUGAUAAAGCCAGAAGAUAUUGUCUUAAAAGAACCAGGGAGCUCAGAAAAGACUCUCCGGACACUACUGAGGCCAAGUGAUAAAGUUUCUCAUCACUAUAAGACAGCUUCUUCUGAGAUCAAUGCAGUUGUAGGUGCUCUUCCUUCUACUUGUUAUCCCACCUAUGGCGUUCCAACCAUUCGGUCUGAUAUUCCUGCCCCACGAAUUCGUCGAAUCAGUGAUAGAACUAAUUAUGGUGAAGAGGGCAAUGCCUAUUCAUUACUACAUCCUACCAUCUUUGGUCAGAAAGGAGUGUUUGAAAGAGAUUUCUUCAAGACCAGAUCAAAAAAAGAGAUUGCAGAGAUAUUAUGUAAUAUUGGUGUCAGGCUUUCUGAUGAAGAAUUUGAAAAUGUAUGGAAUCUUGCAUCAAAAAAACAUCACAGAGGAGAGGUUUGUGUUGAGACCAUCAGAAACGUUCUGGAUGAGCUACAACAUGCAGACCGGGUCAAGUGUAAAACCACGUGAUGUUUUUGGAGUUCAUUCAUUUAAACAAAAGAAUUGUUAAGUCUGCAUUCAUCAAAAAUGUUCAGUCCAUUCUGGUUUUAGAUAUUACUUUAGAAUUCAGCAAUCACUGUAUGUAGUAGG